AUGUUGGUGACUAGAUUAUUUGGCCUCACUGGCAAAAGUGCCGUUUCCUCCUCCGUGUGCUCCAUGCGAGCACGUGGAAAUGUGAAGAGUGGAGACUAUGCUCUGCCAAUUUGUGUUGACCGGCUCCACUAUCCCUUGCCUGAUGUGGCCUACGUCAAGAUUUUCUCCGCCAGCCGGAUGGCCUUGAAAGAAAAGGAGGAGGACCCCUGGAGCAGCUUCUCCAUGGCUGAAGAUGUUGAAUUGUGCCUCAUUAAGUUCAGCGAAAACUUUGCUGACAGGAACAGGAGCACGAACAAGUGCAAGCCGGCUGUGGGCGCCGCCAUGUUCUUCUGGGGGGGGCCCCGCUCCGGGUCUGAUCUGAGAAAAGCGCUGUGUGUACGGCCCCUUCCUACACAUCUCUGAAGGGUGGCCAAGCCGACCCAGAGGAUGUUGGACGUCAGGGCUUCUCAGCCAAGUGGGACUGUGACAAGAAAAAAUAGACGAAAUAAGCACCCUCUGCUCACGCAUCUGAGCCUCACCUUGUUCUACCACCUCCAUGCAGUUCAGCGUUAUUUACUGGAAACUGUUGUGUUGUAGUACGAAUGCUAUUAAGGGAGCAGUUUAUGUGGAA